UGGAGAAACAUAUAGAAGUAAACUAUGCAACUAUUUCAGUGGUUCGUAACAAAACUGAUUUCAAAUGGUCGGUUUUCGGUUGAAUCAGUCACCGUUGGCUGCGUUAUAUCUAUGUUCUUGGUCUUGUUUUGUUUGUUGUGAGACUUUGAGAAAUGUCUAUAAGGAAUGUUCCGGCCUUGCUCAAUUCACAUUUAGAGCAACUAGCUAUAUUAACCAAGUUUCAGUUUUCCCCAGCAAAUAAAUAUUGCAGAUUUGGUGUGUUACCUUAACUUGGGGAUUUUCUAGAUUCUCUUAUUGUACUUGCGAUGGGAAGUAGAAGCUCCAAAGAGUCGAGUUCUAGGUUUUCUCAUAGUGGUUCAACUGCUUCUUCUGCUUCCUCAUGGAAUCAGUACCCGGAAUCAGUACCAUAUGCUCAGCAAGGGCCGUAUAUUGCUACACCUCAGCAUCACUAUGCACCCUCCUCACAACUGCCAAGAAGGAGACUGGACAGGAAAUACUCAAAGAUAUCUGACGAUUAUCGCUCCUUGGAUGAGGUUACUAAUGCUCUUGCACAAGCUGGCCUAGAGUCUUCUAAUCUGAUUGUUGGCGUUGACUUCACAAAGAGCAAUGAGUGGACAGGUUCGAGGUCAUUUGGUCGGAAAAGCUUGCAUCACAUUGGAACUGGUCAAAAUCCCUAUGAACAAGCAAUAUCGAUUAUCGGGAAGACAUUGUCCGCUUUUGAUGAAGAUAAUCUAAUUCCAUGCUAUGGGUUUGGAGAUGCAUCUACACAUGAUCAAGAUGUCUUCAGCUUCUAUCCAGAUGACUGCGUUUGUACUGGAUUCGAGGAAGUGCUGACACGAUAUAGAGAAAUUGUUCCAACUCUUCGACUUGCAGGACCUACAUCUUUUGCACCCAUUAUUGAGAUGGCAAUGACUAUUGUUGAGCAAAGUGGAGGCCAAUACCAUGUUUUGCUGAUCAUUGCCGAUGGUCAGGUGACAAGAAGUAUUGAUACACAACCUGGUCAACUAAGCCCACAAGAACAAAGGACAAUUAAUGCAAUUGUAAGAGCAAGCAAUUACCCCUUGUCUAUUGUAUUAGUCGGGGUUGGAGAUGGGCCCUGGGACCUGAUGAAGGAAUUCGAUGACAACAUCCCUUCUCGGGCAUUUGAUAACUUGCAGUUUGUGAACUUUACCGAAAUCAUGUCAAAGAAUGUGGAUCUAUCGAGAAAGCAGACAGAAUUUGCUCUUUCAGCCUUGAUGGAAAUACCUUCCCAAUAUAAGGCCACAAUAGCGCUAGACCUAUUGGGAGUACGAAAUGGGAAUUCCCCGGACAGAAUUCCUCUUCCCCCACCUGCUGCAGUCUCUUCCUUUAGAAACAACACUAGACCUUAUACUGGACACGGCUCAAGCAGUUUUCAGCAGCGGACAGCUCCUCCUCAUACUGGAUAUGAUGCAGGAGUCAGCGCACCUCCUCGUUCAACAUAUGAUAAUCAGGUUUGCCCCAUCUGUCUUACUAAUCCGAAAGACAUGGCCUUCGGUUGUGGGCAUCAGACUUGUUGUGACUGUGGAGAAUACCUCCAAGCAUGCCCCAUUUGCCGGAGUUCAAUCCAAACUAGAAUAAAACUCUUUUAGGCCGAAUUUUCUGCACAUAGCCAAGAAUGUUAGUGCUCAGAUAAUCUCGUGAGUUAUGCGUCAGUUGAGUGAAAGCUGGAUCAAAUGCUUAUGUACCUGGGGCACAAAGCGGAGGAGUAUCAUUAUCAUUUGCAUAAUGUAAUUACAUGCCAUCAGAAAAUAUGAUGUCUCCGGAUGCUCUUUGCUAAAAGAUGGAUAGUUCUGGGAUGUGCAGGAGUACUCUACACUGUCUUGGUUGAUGUGUUUCCUGAUGGAAGUGAGCUUGUUUCAGGUUUAAACUGAACAUUUCCAUUAGAAGCCUCUUUGUAAAGUAAACCACUGUCAUGCUUGAUGAUCUUGUUUAUAAGGAAAAUUUAGGAUUAGAUCAGAGUUGGCCACUGGUCCGGGCCAUCCUUCUCUCUUUUGUUUUUUCUUGAUUUGAUUGGUUUUGUCUUCUAUAAUAUUUUGAAAAACAGAUACGAAUUUGGAAAAAUUUAGAGGCGAGUCUGACAGAAUUUGACA